UGGUAGCACUGCAACAGUGUAUUGUUUUUUUUCGGGCUCAUAUCUAGUGGGCUAAGCCUGAAGUUGAAAUGGAAAUGGAUUUAGGUGAUAGCCAACUGGAUGAACACUUCACAAUUUACAAGCACGAAGAUUUGUUUAGCGAGAGCUUUCCGCUGUUCAAGGAAAUUCGGAGGUUGGGAAAGCUUUGCGAUGUUACGUUGAGGGUGGAAGAUCAAACGUUCUCCGCCCAUCGAGUUGUACUCGCGGCGACGAUACCCUACUUUUAUGCUAUGUUUACCAAUAAUAUGCAGGAAUCGCGAGUUAAAGAUAUAACCAUACGCGAGAUCGAGCCCAGUGCUUUGGAGAGCCUUAUUAAUUAUGUGUACAGUGGUCAGGUGCGCAUCGAUAAUCAGAAUGUUCAGAGCCUGAUGGUUGGCGCCUCAUUCCUGCAGCUCACUCAGGUGCGGAAUGCCUGUGCAGAUUUUUUAAUAUCACGCUUUCAUCCGCAUAAUGUGCUCGGAAUACGGCACUUCUCCGACUCGAUGAGCUGCGUCCAACUGACAGCGGCAGCCGACAAGUAUAUUGAUCAACAUUUUGCCAAAGUAUCGCAAGGAGAAGAGUUUCUUACACUGGACUGCGAACAGUUGUUGGAGCUAAUGCGUCGGGAUGAGCUUAAUGUGAUAUCCGAGGAAGUGAUAUUCGAAGCAUGCAUGCGUUGGGUAAAAUAUGCGGAAGGCAGGCGCUCGGAGCUGUUUCCGCAGGUGUUGGCUGCAGUGCGACUGCCACUGCUUUCCCCCCAAUUUCUGGCCGAUCGUGUUGCACGCGAGGAGUUAAUACGUUCAUCGCAUCAGUGUCGUGAUUUAUUGGACGAGGCCAAGGAUUUCCAUUUGAUGCCAGAGCGAAGGGGCUUACUGCAAUCAUUUCGUACACGCCAACGUUGUGGAGAAUUCUUCACGGGCCAAAUUUAUGCUGUUGGUGGUCUGGCGAGCACUGGCGAGUCUGUCAGCACGGUGGAGAUUUAUGAUCCGGUUACAAAAAAAUGGAAAAUGGGCGAACAAAUGUCCAUGAUGCGCUCCCGCGUUGGUGUGGCCGUUUUGGAUGGCAAAUUAUACGCAUUUGGUGGCUUCAAUGGCACCGAACGACUUUCCACUGUGGAAGUCUAUGAUCCGCGUAAGAACAAGUGGUCGCAGGGAUGUGCCAUGUUGUGCAAACGCAGCGCUGUCGGCGUGGCUGCUUUAGAUGACUGCAUUUAUGUGUGUGGUGGAUACGAUGGCGUCACGUCGCUCAACACCGUCGAGUGCUACUAUCCAAAGAGCAAUACGUGGAAAACAGUCGCCCAAAUGAUGAAAUAUCGCUCAGCUGGCGGCGUCACUCAAUUAAAUGGCUACGUUUAUGCCCUGGGGGGACACGAUGGUCUCUCUAUAUUUGAUUCUGUGGAACGCUAUGAUCCCAACGAAGAUGUUUGGGUCAAAAUGUCAUCGAUGCUGAAUCGUCGCUGCCGUCUAGGAGUCGCCACAUUAAAUGGCAAAAUUUAUGUAUGCGGGGGAUAUUGUGGCAACUCGUUUCUACGCUCCGUAGAAUGCUACGAUCCACUUACAGAUACGUGGAAAUUAAUCACGCCAAUGAAUUGUAAACGAUCGCGAGUGGCUCUUGCGGCAAAUAUGGGAAAAUUGUGGGCGAUUGGCGGCUAUGAUGGCGAAUCCAAUCUGUCCACAGUGGAGGUUUUUGAUCCAGAAACUGAUAAAUGGACCUUUGCGCCUCCCAUGUGUGCACACAGUGGGGGCGUAGGUGCCGGCGUCAUACGCAUUGAGUAGAAAUAGAUUUAUAAAAAGAGUUGAAAUUUAUUGUAUAGUUUUAAGAAAAAUGGUCAGUUAUAGUUAAUUUAUGAAAUUGUUCACGUAUAUCUUUAGGCGCUUACUGAGCAAUCUGCGCUAUUAUUUCUAUUGUAUAUGUGGCAGCUAAAUUAAUAGAACAUCGUCUACUGUCUAUGCCAUACAUGUAUAUAUAGAUAUAUAUCAUUCCAGUUGUACCUAUCUGCCUAUUUCUAUGAAUAAUGAGUAUGAGUGUGUAAGUAUUUAUUUAUUUGUCUCCAAUACUCGCUAAUUUUUAAAUGUAACUCUCAAUGCAAUUGAAUAUACAUAAAACUUAUUUUAUCUUUAUACACAUCUAUAUUAUAUGUAUGACUAUUGGAUCUG